UGUUUAACCUCACGCUCUCUCGUUAGGGAUUUGGAAGUUGCCUCCCUUUGGUGUUCAGAUGAAGAGAAAGGAGACGGUGUAGAUUACUGUUGUCUUGAGUGAGUUAUGUCAUGUUGCAUUCUCCUCUGCACCUCAGCUGAGCCAGUGGGAACCACUUCUAUGCCCCUUUCUUCUGCUACAGUUUGCAGUCUCUUCCAGCAUCAAAUCUGCCAGACCAGGACGCACAAAGAAAAUGUUUCUAUCCAAAAAGACACCUUGUCAGAGCUAGCAAACAUAGAGGUUUUGUAUCUUGGACAGAACUGUUACUACCGCAAUCCAUGCAAUGUUUCRUUUGAAAUUGAGGAAACAGCCUUUCUGGGGCUGAAAAARUUAACAAUACUGUCCCUGAAGGCCAACAACUUAACACACAUUCCACCCAAUUUGUCGUCUACUUUAAAGGAAUUGUACAUUUACAACAACAUGAUUGAAGUGAUUGAAGAGCAGGAUUUAAAGGCCCUYCCCARCYURGAAAUUCUCGACAUAAGUGGCAAUUGCCCACGUUGCUACAAUGCCCCAUAUCCUUGCAUUCCCUGUCCCAAGGGCUCCAUUGAGAUCCAUUCAAAGGCUUUUGACUCCUUGGAAAAUUUAAGAGUUUUGCGACUUCACAGUAACUCUCUUGAGAGCAUACCCAGCAGCUGGUUUAAAAACAUCAAGAAUCUCCAAGAACUUGACCUCUCCCAAAACUUCCUCAUGARGGAGAUUGGAGAUGCUCAGUUUUUGAYRUUUAUCCCCAGCCUUGURCAGCUUGAUCUGUCCUUUAAUUUUGAGCUGAAGAUGUAUUCUCCCUCCUUGAAUCUUUCUAAGACAUUUUCUUCCCUCUCUAACCUGGAAACCCUGAGGCUCAAGGGUUAUGUCUUUAAGGAACUGAGAGCACAAGAUCUACAGCCACUGCUCGGUCUUAGGAAUCUCACCAUGUUGGAUCUCGGCACUAAUUUUAUUAAAAUUGCAGACCUGACAGUGUUUGAAGAAUUCCCAGCUCUUAAGUUCAUUGACCUCUCAGUGAAUAAAAUUUCUCCUUCUUCUGGGGAAAGCAACUUCUAUGGAUUUUGCUCUAAUCCUGGCAUUUCAGUGGAACAAUACAACAGGCAAGUACGACAAGAGAUGCAUUAUUUCAGGUAUGAUGCAUAUGAGCGUAGUUGCCGUUCCAAAGACAAAGAGGAUUCUUCCUACCAAUCUUCAGUUAAGGAUGAUUGCCUUAACUAUGGAAAGACUCUGGAUUUAAGCAGAAAUAAUGUAUUUUUUGUUAACCCCUCAGACUUCCGGGGACUUAGCUCUCUCAGAUGUCUCAACUUGUCAGGUAAUGCAAUAAGUCAGACAUUAAAUGGAAGUGAAUUCUCUUACUUGUCUGGAUUGAAAUAUCUGGAUUUUUCUAACAACAGGGUUGAUUUGYUAUACCAAACUGCUUUCACAGAGCUCAAAUUUCUAGAAAUUCUAGAUCUGAGCAAUAAUCAAAAUUAUUUUGAGGCUGAAGGUGUUACUCAUGUGCUUAAUUUUUUGAAAAACCUCGCCCAUUUGAAGAAGCUGAUGAUGAAUGACAAUGACAUUUCUACCACGAUUGAUAGAGGAAUGGAAAGUCAAUCUCUUCGAAUUUUAGAAUUCCGAGGAAAUCAUUUAGAUGCUCUCUGGGUGGAYGGMAAUGAUAGAUAUUUGUCCUUCUUCAAGAAUCUGACCAGCCUGGAAGAAUUGGAUAUUUCCUUCAACUCGCUCAGAUUUUUGCCUCCUCUUGUUUUUGAAGACAUGCCUCCCAGUCUCAAGAUCCUCAACUUAACAAAUAAUCUACUGAAGAGUUUCAUCUGGGGAAGCCUYCCCUCUCUGAGGAACCUAGUAACUCUAGACCUGAGCAAUAACCUUCUGACAACUGUUCCCCGAGAACUGUCCAAGUAUACUUUAUCACUCCAAGAACUGAUGCUUCGUAACAAUCGCAUUCAGUGCCUAACCCAACAUUUUCUCAGAGGUGCUUUUCAGCUGAGGUACUUGGACCUCAGCUCAAAUAAGAUUGAAAUAAUUAARAAAUCUAGCUUCCCUGAAAAUGUUAUUAACAAUCUGAAGAUGCUGCUGUUGCAYGGCAAUCCCUUUAAGUGUAACUGUGAGGCCGUGUGGUUUGUCCGGUGGAUCAAUCAGACACAGGUGACCAUUCCUCUUCUGGCCACAGAYGUGACCUGUGCUGGCCCAGGGGCACACAAGGGAAGGAGCGUGGUUUUCUUGGAUCUGUAUACCUGUGAGCUGGACACGUCCUAUUUGAUCCUGUAUGCUCUGUCAGCUUCAASCRUCCUUGGCCUUAUGGUGGUGGCMGUGAUGAGCCAUCUCUACUUCUGGGACGUGUGGUACAGUUACCAUUACUGCACGGCCAAGCUCAAGGGCUAUCGGCGCCUGUCUGCACCAGAUGUGUGCUACGAUGCCUUCAUUGCCUAUGACAGUGAAGAUCCAGCUGUGAAUGAGUGGGUGCUGCAAGARCUGGUUGAGAGGCUGGAAAACCAAAAAGCCAGGCAGUUCAAUUUAUGCCUGGAAGGAAGGGACUGGCUCCCAGGACAGCCAGUCCUUGACAACCUUUCCCAGAGCAUUCAGCUGAGCAAAAAGACCAUCUUUGUGCUGACCAAGAGAUAUAUUAAAAGUGGCAGCUUCAAGACAACAUUUUACAUGGCUCAUCAGCGGCUUCUAGAUGACAAAAUGGAUGUCAUUAUCUUGAUAUUUCUUGAGAAGGUUUUGCAGAAGUCCCGUUAUGUCCGGCUGAGGAAGAGGCUGUGCAGAAGUUCUGUCUUGGAAUGGCCAACGAAUCCUCAGUCUCAGCCCUACUUCUGGCAGUGCCUGAAAAAUGCCAUAGCCACAAGCAAUUUGCURGCUUACARCAAGCUUCUGCAAGAUACGGUUUAGCUUUACUCUCUUUAUAGAUAUUGUUAUGAUGCACAAAAUCAAAAGUUCAUGAGCCAAAGAUGCUAAAUGUCAUUUGCAGAGACUGUUGGAGCAUGAAGAGAAAACUGUUUUAUGUUAUCCCCCAAAAUUAAAUGCACAAUUAGUUCAAAAUCCAAUAAUUCAUUUAUGCUCUGACUAAUUUGUACUGAAACUGUUGCCAGAACAGAUGUCKAGCUGACCUACUCCUUGCUUUACACUGAUUCCUUCGCAGCAAGGGAAGAUGCUAAAAUGGGAAUGUAUAUGAAAUCAGGUUCAGURGGGUGUGCAGGCUGCUGUGUGAAAGCAGGAGGGGGAGCAGGAGAGCAGAGAGGAAGAGGAAUAGGCAGAAGGCAGAUGCAGAAAAUCAAGUAAACCAAGGAGGAAGUGAGAAGAGGCAAAGAAAGGUCAAAGUAAGGAAGCUAAAAAGAAAARUGUGGAAAAGGUGUUAAGAAAGGAGUAUAAUGCAGCUAUGUUAGAGCAUAGUAGAAGUUUAGAAGCAUUUACUGCUAAUUUGCAAAUAACUUUUUCACUUUGCCUUUCACCUGCCUUCUGGACUGUUGGCUGAGCUGGCUCCUCCCUGAAGACUGAGGGCUCCUCUCUCAUGUUGUACUUUCAGUUUAAGGAGCUKAGCUUCUUCAUUUCCACCCAAGUCCUGAGUGACCACCCAUUCUGUAUUAGCUGUGUGUCAGCUGCUCCAGCCAGGGUGGGGGCCUGAGGACAUAUCUCCACCUGCUCAGCCWUCCUCCAGAUGUAAACCUAGAUAGAAUGUGGAAGUGCAAAGCCUGUAAGAUCAAUUCACACAAGGAAAGCUUCUCUCUCACUAUUUCUCUAGCUGUGCUGUGGUGCUCCAGAGCAGCCUUAAGCCYGCCUUCAUCUCUUUGUUCACCAGGCAUGUACCUCUCCCACAGCAGCUGAUGGGGCACCACUGAACACUUGAGAUAGGAAUGGGUCUGACUAUAGAGACAUCCCRAAAACAGGAAGAAACAUUGCUUAGGAACAAAAAAUGCCCGAGUCUUUCCCCACUCUGUUUCGCAGUACAGACUAAUUGAACACAUGACAGUAUUUAAAAUGAAACCUUUUGUAAUGGAGUCAAACCAGAAACCUCUGAGUGUGACACGGGCAGGUUCUCUGCUUGAUGUAAUGAUGUCUGUUUUGGGAGAAGCAGCACAUUCUCACCUCGCUGGGCACUUCUGUUUGCAGCAGUCUGGGCAGCUUCUCUCCUGUUGCUCAAAGCCCUUUUUCUUUUCUGGUGAAUAAUCUUGGUGACAUCUCUGGCUGAUGGGGAACUGUCACUGUCAACUGCAUUCAACUUGCUUAUUCAGAUGUUACCUGCAUUUCUUCACCUAAGUGUUCUGACUGGUUCUUUUUAAAAUACCUCCUUUUUUUUUUUUAUUUGUAGGCAACAAGACAGACCAAAAAAAGAAACACAAAYAAAGAAAAUGAAAGUUCAGAUAAUAAUAUUACAGAUAAGAAGGGUUUCUUUUCUCUCAAUUUGUCACAAUAUUUUUACUGAUUAAAUACAGAAGUAGGAAAAAGAUGAGGGCCUGGUUAAAAACUGGGAAAUCUACAGUUAUAUUUUAACAAUGUGUAUUUCUAGUGGUGUUGUUGGUAAGCCUAAACACCCUGUAUGUCUAAAUAUGAUAACAUGAACUGUAAUGACUCUCUCCUUAAGGUAAUGCUUGAAACAGGAAUCUCUGUUCCCCAGUUAUUCACACAACCUCUCUCUCUGCCUCCUCACAAAAUGUCUGUUUGUAGCAGAUCCUCUUUCUCAGCCUUGUUGAUUAGGGCAGGAGCACCAGGUCCCUUAGCCUUUCUGAGGCUGAGGRGAGAGGUAUUUUCUCCUCUUCCAUUGAGCAGCAUGCACAGGGUGGGUAUGAAAUUAGUAUGUAUUGAUACAGGUACUAAGGGAGCUGACUAGAAAAGUAUCCUCCUUGAUWUUUUUCUUGCUAACAAGAAGGCCUCAUGUGUGAAGUGGUGAUUGGUGAACAUUUUGGACCAUGAAGCAGUUGAAUUUAAAAUAUCUGGUGACAGGAAGAAAAUAGCCAGCAAAACUCUGCAUGUGAGAAGAGUAGMCUUCAGGCUGCUCAGGGAACUAGUUUGUAAGGUCCCUUGGGAAAAUGUUUUUGAAGAUGCUGGGAUCUACCAGUAUGGUCACAUUUUAAACACCACCUUCCCAGAGCACAGGAAGGUAAAAUUCCAAAAUGUUGGAAGUAAAAUCAGUGAGGCAGAGAGCUGGCUUGGCUGACCAGGGAUCUUUUUCUGGAGCUAAGGCAGAUAAAAGAAAGUGUAUAGCCAGUGAAAGAAAGGUUGGGUGACUUGGGAUGAUGUUGUGGUUUAACCCCAACUAGCAAUUAAGCACCACACAAUCACUCACUCAUUUCUCCCCCACCCUGGGGAGAUGAGGAGGAGACUCAGAAAAGUAAAAUUUCCUGAUUGAGAUAAGAACAAACAGCUUGUAAUAGCUGAAAUGAAAUAGUUCAACUUAACAGUUGAAAUGAGGUAAAAUACAGUAUUGCAACAACACCAAUAAUAAUAAAAAGGGAASAGAGAGAGAGCCCAUGAAUAACAAGCAAUGCACAAUAGAACAGCUCACCAUCUGCUCACCAAUGMAAAGCCCAUCUCCAAACCACAAUUAGACCCCUUUCUGUGUAACUGCAGCAGUUUAUAUACUGGGCAUGACAUUCUGUGGUACAAGAUAUCCCUUUGACCAGUUCAGGUCAGCUGUCCCAGCUGUGCUCAUUCACACCUUCCUAUGUACUCCUUUUGGCAGAGGUUGGAGCUCUCCCUUUUUAGUCUCAUGGAAAGGCACUUCAGACUACUAUGGGUGAUAACAGGACUGGAYGAGCAACAGGAGGAAAGAGCAGAUGCUCCACUUGCUCACUCUGUGGGCAGCUGUCCCAUGAACCAAAAUUAAGAGGGAGAAACUGAGAGUCCCAYAACCCAAAUCCUGCCACAAGCAGCUCCCUCUUAACCAAGAGGAGACAGGCUGUCCCCAGGGAGUCCCAGCGGAGAUACCCUUCCUUCUGUAUGAUCCUGCACUUAGGGCUGAGGGAAUGCUGCUAGAAACGGAUAGUGUGAAUGCCUCCACCUUGUCCAAAUCUCCAGUUUAGACUGUCCUUUCAUGAGAAAACCUGCUGCAGACUCACAAAUGCUCUCUAAUAUUUUUCAUUGGGAAAAAUAAAGCCCACAGCUUUGGCCUCCAGACUCAACCAUUUUCUCAUACCUACCUUCACAGAUUUUUCUGAUUCUGUUGCAGGACAGAGGACUCAGACAGGACUUUACAUAAACUUAUGAAGAUYGUUUCAUUGGCAAUUCUCCUAACUAGUCCUCUUUGGCUGGAGGUAGGGUUAACAUUUCACUGAGUGUAAGCUUGAGAAGGAUGACCAAAGACAGUGAUUGUAGGACAAGGGAAAUUCUACAGACCCAAAAACCAUUUAAAUGAAAGGUGAACUAAUGAGGAUAGCAUGAAACAAGCACUUAAUACCUCAUCGCCUUGUGAAUUUAUUAGGUUCUUUCCCUCUCAUUUCCAAGUCUUCCUCUGAUUGUCUUUAACUAUGAUUUGUUAUAAAUUUUUGAUAUCCUGAAUGUUGUGCAGGGGGAAAAAAGUCUGAAAUUAUAUUAACUCCUGCUCAUGAAUUCCUGAUUACUGCAAUAAUUUACAACUUCUCUCUCCUUCUCUCCCUUUUCCUCUGUGUCUUGUCUCUCCAUUUCAAUUAGUUGUCAUGCUACAGCAAAACACAGUAGCUGUUGCACCUUUGUUAUACAAUGCUACUGUUUUUCAGGGUCAGAAUUGUUAAAUUUCUUAUACUAUAACUGAAUGGAAAAUGCAUGUUGGCUGAACAAAACAUUACAAAUUGGAGUAUGAGAUGAAGGGAUUGAGUGCACCUUUGGAGAAUUUGCAGAUGACACCAGGGUGAGUGGUGUGGUUGGUGCAAGGUGAUGCAUCUGGAUCAGGGCAACCCUCUGGGGGAUGAACAGAUUGAGGGCAGGCCCGCCGAGAAGGACUUGGAGGUGCUGGUGGAUGAGAGGCUGGACAUGAGGCAGUAAUGUGGACUUGUAGCCCAGAGAGCCARAAGUGUUCUGGGCUGCAUCAAAAGCAGCGAGGCCAGCAGGGCGAGGAAGGGGAUUCCACCCCUCUACUCUGCUCUGCAAGAACUGGGAUUGUUCAGCCUGGGGAAGAAASGCUUUGGGGUGACCUAAAUGUGUUCUUCCAGGACCUGAAGAGAGCCUACAAUAAGAUGGAGAAGGACUUUUUAUAAGGGUGUGUAGUGACAGGACAAGGGGGAAAUGGCAUCAAACUGAAAGAGAGCAUAUUUAUUUUAGAUUUUAGGAAGAAAUUCUUUUUGUGAGGGUGUCAAGGCCCUGGAAGAAGGUUGUGGAUGUUCAAGGCCAGAUUGGAUGAGGCCCUGAGUAACCUGGUCUAGUGGAAGGUGUCCCUGCCCCUGGCUGUGGGGUUGGAAGUGGUUGAUGUUUAAGGCCUCUUCCAACUCAAGCCAUUCUAUUGUAUGAUUGGAAAACUGGAAUCUGAGAUUGAUGUAUUCAUAUCUUGAAGAAGAGUAUUGUUGAGACAGUUAUUUCUUCCUGAAUCCUCACAUUCCUCUGCCUGSUCAUCACCACAUGUCCGUCCACCCAUCACAUGGGCAUAACGAUUUUACUUUUUAUUUUUCAUAACACAGUGUUCUCCUCCCUUAUUUCACUUUCACUUCCUAUUUUAGGGGGAUAUUUUUCUACAGAGCAAACAAACUGACUCAACAUUAAUCUCAAAUAUCUACAKUCUCUUUAGUCAUUAUGUUUUGCUCUCAUUUCAGACAGCAAAAUAGCUCAUGCUAGCUAUCUAGUAUGAGAUAUUUUGUCUGCAUGUGCAUUAAAUAAAAGCACAUCCAGGAAACAGUUCAUACCAUUCUACAAUGAUACUGAAGACACGCAUUGCAUAUUCAGACACAUUUCUUCAUCUCACUGCAGUAAAACAACUGCAYUGUUUUGUUGUUUCUACAAGUAAACAGUUCUCUCCUUCAGCAURAAUUAAUAUCUUUUUUUUCUUAAUUAUGUUAAGUGGUUUGAGUAAUCUUUCAUUUGCAUGGUUGUCACAAUGUUGUGUAGAAAUACCCAUGCUAGAGAAUUGCAUUGUGUUGCAGGUUUAUUGCUGCAUGUGAUACAGCUGUUAAUGUAAAUAAAUUUUGAUUUAUCAUUGU